GUAGGAGUAUGCACCUAAUAUAAAAUCUGCUCUGUUAAACAAGAUCAGAUCUCAUGGAACAUCCUGACAAACUGCAGAGAUGAUUCACAUUCUCAUCACUGGAACCUUGUGUGUGGUAGUUCAUGCUUUCAAUAUUCCAUCUAAAUUUGUAGUUGGUGAAUUUCAUAAAGAUGUAUCAUUGGCUUGUGACACCCAGUUUAUGGGUACUGUGACAUGGAAACACAAUGGAGGCAAAAUUGAUAAUUCUUUAUACACAAGAAUUAAUAAACGGAACCUGACAUUAAAACAGCUCGACAGUCCCUCAGCUGGCAACUAUACUUGUUGGGGAGAAGGUACUCUUUUAGACCAUACGUACCUUGUUCUGCUAGAGGAGGAGGAGGAGCAAUAUAAUGAAGAAAUCACAGAUUUCAUUCCUUGUACUGUGAAGACUUACAGCUGUUCCAUCAUUUGCUCUUGGAAACCUGAUGACUUUCAAGUGGCACGAAUCCAACUUGAACGUGAGAAGAGUAAACAUAUUUCCUGGGCCUUACGAGACAAUGAUUCACCCUUUCAGCUUAAUUUGUCCAGUAAUAGUUCUCCUUUCUCUGAGGAGCAAAAUCCUAUCAUUCUAAGUGUGGAGGAGAUAAAUGCCAAGUAUUAUAGGAAGCGGACUUGGAGUUUCUUCAUUCGUGAUAUAGUCCUCCCAGACCCACCAAAAAUUUUGAAUUGCACUCAGGAUCCCAAUGGACUUAGGCUGAAUAUUGAACCCCCAUCUUCAUGGGCCAAACCACAUAGCUACUUCCCCCUAGCCUAUGAGGUUGAAUAUGAACUUAAACACAAUGGGAAGACAGAGAUUUCUAAGAGAUUGCUUCUUCCUAAAAGCAUCAGCAGACUGAGAGCACGUUCCCAAGAUCCCUACAUAAACUCAUUGUGGAGCCACUGGACUGCAUGGAGAGAUGUAAGGAAAAGGAGCAACAAAAAAGUGACAAACAUGCUGAUGUGUAAAGAAAUAAAAUCAUAUAGAAGACAACCACUAAAUAUUCCAGCAAUGAACAAGAAUAGAAUUUUGCCAAUAUAUUUUAUUUUUUUUAUUAUUCUCCUAUUAUUCUUUACUGUUGCUUCUUACAUUCCUAUUUUAUUUAAGUUUCUGCUUCUGCAUAAAUAA